CCGGUCUGGGUUGCCCGCGGCUGCUCCGGUCGUGGAGCUCUGCAUCUGCAACCUGGAACCCAGCCCGCAAGGCUGCAAAUUAGGAUUGAGAUCCGAACGGAAGAGUGGUGUAAACGAGGGUGAAACCCCGGAGGGACCAUGUUCUACUAUCCCCAUGUGCUUCAGCGCCACACCGGUUGCUUCGCCACCAUCUGGCUGGCAGCGACGCGCGGCACCCGGUUGGUGAAGCGCGAAUACCUGAAGGUGAACGUGGUGAAAACCUGCGAGGAAAUCCUCAAUUACGUGCUGGUACGAGUGCAGCCCCCGCUGCCUGGUCUCCCGCGGCCCCGCUUCUCCCUCUACCUCUCAGCCCAGCUCCAGAUCGGCGUCAUCCGAGUCUACUCUCAACAAUGCCAGUACCUUGUAGAGGACAUCCAGCACAUCCUGGAGCGCCUGCACCGGGCCCAGCUGCAGAUCCGCAUUGAUAUGGUGGAGACUGAGCUACCUAGCCUGCUGCUGCCUGAUCACUUGGCCAGGAUGGUGACUCUGGAAGGUGCUCCAGACCCCUUUUUUGGGAUGAUGUCUGUGGAUCCCAGUCUGCCCGGUCCCUUCAGUAUCCCUCAGAUUCGACACCUCUUAGAGGCCGUGACCCCAGAGAGAGUUCUUGAAGAGAUCCCUCCUGAAGUCCCUACAGAGCCUGGGGAGCCAGAGAGGAUUCUGGUCACUGCUGUGUCUCCCGAGGCCAUCACGCUCCGGGAGGUGGAACCCAUACGGAUGCUGAAGAUUGAGGGUGAACUGGAACUCCCAGAGGUCACCCGCCGAGACCUGGAGCUGCUGAUCGCGGAGGAGGAGGAAGCCAUCUUGUUAGAGGAGCGUCCGCCAGGCAAGCCCAUCCGGCCACGUAGGGCCCGCCCGGCGCUGGAUGAAGCCAAAGAGGAGCCCCGGGCCCCAGAGCGGGAGAUUGCAGUCCCGCCGCCCUCACCUCUAGUUCUUGCACCGGUGGAAGAGGCAGCAGAGCCACUUCCUGUCGCCCCUGAAGAGCUGAAGCCGGCAGCCUGGGAGCCUGAGGCCCCGCUUCCUGAGGUGACGCCCCCCCCGCCGGAGCUGCGCCUGCCGCCCCCAGUCAGCCCAGAGCGGAGGCCCCCCGUCCCCCCACCUCCUCGCCGCCGCCGCCGCCGCCAGUUAUUGUUCUGGGACAAGGAGACCCAGAUAUCCCGGGAGGAAUUCCAAGAACAAAUGCAGACCAGGGCCCACUGCUGGGAGUGUCCAAUGGUGCAGCCUCCCGAGAGGAUGACCGCGAGCCCCGCGACGCUGUUCGGAGCCCCAACUCACCCCGGCGGGCUCCCCCAAGAACUGCUGGCUUUCUGGACCCGCUGUGCCCAGCCACCCCCGAGAGCACUCAGGCGAAGGCCGCUCCCGAAGCCUGAAGAGGUUGAGAGGGAGGCAGUAGCCGAAGAGGAAAGGAGAAAGGUUGAAACUCCGAGCGACAUCGAGGCCCUGCGGGAGGCCCUGGAGCCCAGCGUGCCCCUCAUGGUGUCUUUAGAGCUCUCCCUCGAAGCAGCGGAGGAGGAGAAGCCCCGCGUCAGCCUCGUCCCCCCGGAGGAGCGGUGGGCCUGGGCCGAGGUGGAGCGGCCGGAGCUCCCCGCGUUGCCCGUGGUGCCCGAGCUGCCGGAGCUGCCCAUGGAGCUGCCCCCGGAGCCCGAGCUGCUCUCGCUGGAGGCCGUGCACAGGGCAGUGGCACGGGAGCUGCAGGCCAAAAGGGAGCCUGACUUUAGCAGCCUGGUGCCACCUCUCAGUCCCCGCAGGAUGGCCGCCCGGGUCUUCUACCUGCUCCUGGUGCUCGCCGCGCAGCAGAUCCUUUGUGUGAAACAAGAGGAGCCAUACGGGCGCCUCCUGAUCCAGCCGGGGCCCCGAUUCCACUUCAGUUAGAGCCCAUUCAGAAAGCUGCCAGGCAGCCAGCUACGUUAAACUAUGUUCUGCCUGACGUCUGAACCUGCAUCUCUAUCCUUCCUGCUCCCAGAGCUACUGUUCAAGCAGAAAAUA